AUGGAUCGAUUUCUUCUCAUUUCAUUUCUUUGUAUCAACUGGUCAUAUCUUGUCUUCAGCCAACGGCGUAAGUAAACUGUCAUGCGAUUUACAAUUAAUAUUGGUAUUAAAAAAGUUUAGCUGCCAGCAGGAUGCAUUAGAUCUUGAAGAGUGCGACACUUUGCCAGCAGAGCCUCCUCUUCUCGAGAACAAUCGACUCCCUCUUAAUGGACACCUCUACAAGACAGACAACUCUGACACCAAGAGUUCGUCCCUUCCUUAUUUUACUCCCAUUAUUUGACUCUCUCAAUACGACGGACAUCUAUCUAAGGCCCACACGUAGGGCUGGUCCCAAAGGUGUCCGUCUUAGAGAGAGAAAGGCCUGGUGGCAGGGUACAGUGAGUUAGAAGGUUAAACGAAAUAAACUUAAGGACCCAGUUGUUCGAAGGGGGAUUAGCGCUAACCCAGGGUUAAAUUUUAACCCGGGUCUCCUUUUCCUUUGUUCAAAAGCAUUUUUCAGCGGGAUAAUUUUCUCGAUUCUUUUUAGAGCAUCAAAUCAUCAAGUUGUUUGCAAAAAGAAUAAAGCUGAAUUUGCUUUUUAAGCUUUCAUACCUGAAUCGAAAUUUUGCAUUAACCCUGGGUUAGGUCUUUGAGUGACUCAGUAAGGUACGUGCCAGGUUUUUCCAACUUGGACAUACGGAAAUUUCAGCUGAGAGAGAGUUAAUUAAUGGGGGAAUAUUAUGAUAAAAGAGUCAAGCUGAGGGUGUGACUGAUGACAAUCCUUAUGAUAUUCAAAUCUUUCAGCUGUGGAAUGGACGUAUAUUCCGGAUGCUCUACUGGGUAAGAAUUUACAAAAUACUUUUUAGCGAUACAUCCUUACGAUCCGGUACUAUAUUUAUGAAAGGAAUCUAACACAAGCUGUCAUUUGCAAUCAAUAUUCUUUAUGGAUUCUUUUUUCCAUUCCUAGUAUUUAGUUUAAACUUGUCAAAACGGCCAUCUGCUAGUCAUAGUCAAGAUAUGGGAAAUUUGUUAUAAAUAAAAAAAUAUGUGGAAAAUACAUCGCUCGCGGAGAAAUUAUCGAUAAUAUUGGCUACAUGUUUUAGCAAUGAAAUAUCUGUAUCAACGCUUCGAUUUCUCGUUAUCCAAAAACGCACCAAAGACCAUGAUGUGGCAUUUUAGUGUUGGGAAGUAACUCAUAUAAAGGCUGCGGACUUGAAAAAAGGUCAAUUAAGAUGAAGGCAAUGAAAAUUAAAAUAUGACACUGAUAAUUGAUGGCAAUAAGACACAUAGGUAGUCAGUCCUGCUAUAACACUUAACUACGUCCUUGCACAAGCUGGCAGAUGGCCUAGUUAUGUGUUCAUUUUGCAAAAGUUUAUUUCCUCUAAGCCGGCUCAGUCCUAAGCCUGUGUGAAUUUUCUUUCCAUAUUUAGGCCCUUCUAACUGGUCUGGGAUAUGCAGCACAGGAAAGAGGCAAUCACCAAUUGACAUUAAAAGCACCGAGGUAACUUUUGACAAAGGCCUGGGCGAGUUCACACUGAAAAACUACGACAGGAAACUCAACAAAACCUUUACUGGCUCCAACACAGGCUACGCCUUUGGAUUGUCUUUCCCUGCAGGAGUAUACAAUGUCAGCGGAGGCGGUUUGAACGGUGUUUACACCACUGUUCAGUUUCACUUACAUUACGGACCAAACGACACUGUGGGAUCGGAACACAUUGUAGACGGAGAACAUUAUGCCGCUGAGGUGAGCGCUUGUGAACAAAUAAGUGCGUUUACAUUGCUCCUCACUUUGUGCUUUUGUCAUCAAGCAUUUUCUCUACCUUUUAUGCCACUUUGUUUCCAUCUGUUGCCCCUACAAACAUCUUGAGAGACUCUGCUCAUCUUUUAUAGACUUCCGAGUCUGAAUAGGAAAUAAUUACCUCUGUGCGUCGAGACAAUGACAUCUAUUUCCACAGCAAUCAAGAGCGAUGAUCAUGAUUCCGAGAGAUCUUUCUUCUCGAUUUUUAGCCUGAAUUUGGUUAAUUUGCUUCCAAUAAUAAACCAUCUGUAACGACUAAACCAACAGGAAAAUUAUUAGUCUGUUAGAUUUAACUGAAUUGGCAUCGAAUGUUCAAUGUUUUUUUCCCUUAAUUAUACUUUCACAGUUGCACUUUGUCAGCUACAAUACGAAAUAUGACAACCUUGUUCAAGCAAUCGACCAGGAAGAUGGUCUUGCAGUUCUUGGUCUCUUCAUACAGGUAACUAGGAUUUAAAGACUAGCUUAUUCUUUAUUCAUUCAUUGAUUCAGGCGGCCUCAGCCAGACUAGUCGCCGGGCCGCCCAGUCCGCUCUGUUGACGUCCAUGCAGGCUGACAGUUGCCGGAUGUCGCUCCAGCGUCCCUCAUCAGGUUGUCUAUAAAUGUAGACACUGGGCGACUGUGUCGUUGGCCCGUGGUGACGGUGGAUCUAUCCGUCAUCUCUCUAAAUCUCUGACUCCAAAGACUUAAUGAAAUGGCUAACUGCCUUUGGCAAUUGGUUUCUUUUCCAACUGAAUCUGGGCUCCUUCGAUUGAUAAAAUUAAUACAUUCCAAGUUAAAUUUUAUCUGUGUAGUGGGAAUGAUCCCUCUUACCAAACGUUGAUUAACGUGAAUUCCUUUUCACUCUUUUUUUUCUCAGGUCGGAGGGGAAAAUAACACCGCAUUUUCAUUCUUGGAAACUACCAGAAAUCUUACUUCAAGUUGUAAGUGACGUGUUUUCCCUAUUAUAUUAGAAUUUUUUUCAUAACAUUUAAAAUCGUGCCAUUAUUAAAAUAAGGUUUUACUUUAAAAACAAUUUAUUAAACAUGUUAUGCUUUAUAUAUAAUUAUUACAUAUAACACUAUUAUUCUAUUAAUCUGCGCCUGUUACUUGUUUCACAGAUUCUACCAUCAGUGGCAUUCCAGCCUUCAGAUUUGACAGCCUGUUACCUGCCAAUAAGACCAAGUACUUCCGGUACGACGGUUCUCUCACAACUCCUUCUUGCAAAGAGAGUGUCACGUGGACAGUCUUUAGGGACGCUGUCAACAUAUCACAGUACCAGGUACAGUAUUGACUGGAAAAUUUAACUUGUGUUUAAAACUUCUUCAGACCGCUGCGUUUUAAAUUAAUUUGUCCGGUACAAACGCGUUUGUUGGAUCAAGGAGUCUAUUUUUGAUGAAAUUAGUGAACGCCUCGAUAGCAGGGUCCCUUAGGGGCCGACCAUUUAACUCUUGAGGGUGGGGGUGGGUGAUUUCUGGUCAUCAAGAAUUUUUUUUUUCUAGCAAUAUGGUGGGCAGGAUAUUUUUUUUCCUUUUUUUUCCCUUAAGCUCUUUAUUACAUUUGUGCUGCAUGCAAUUUUUUUCUUCCGACAAGCGCUUGCAGGAAAUUUUUUUUCAAAAUCACCCACCCCCCCCCAAGAGUUAAAUGGUCGGCCCCUUACCCUUUCUGUUUGUUUUUUCCCAGAUGAACCUUCUGCGUCAACUCCAGAAGACUCAUACCACAUCAAGUGUCGGAAAUUACCGUCCUGUGCAGCCACUCUUCAACCGAACCGUAAGGGCUAGUUUCCAAGCCGCCGAUAGGACAAACAGCUCUUCUACAACGAUCAACACUACUACCAGUACCACUGGCACUACCACCAUAACUCCCCCUAAAGGUACGCAGUCUCCUGCCUCUUCCACUGGUAUGGUUUCCAAGGGUGCAGAGAAAUCAUCCUCAGCCUCAUCUACUGCUACUACAGGUGCGGAGGAAUCACCGCCAGCUCCAACUGUUGAAUUCGACCUGGGAUCAUCUGCUGAUCGAAUCACUGCUGGACUGUCGAUGCUUUUUGCUAUGACAGUUCUUUUUGCAGUGCAGCAUUAGUGCGAGGUCACGCGGAUGCUGAGUUAAUGGUGAAGUUUCCUAUCCAACUGUCUUGUUCAACUUGUCUUGUCGUGAAAAUUCCCAUCCAACCCACUGUUUCCCAUCCAACUGUCUGGCAGCAUAUAGUCACGUUUGAAAUGACAUUCCAAGAUGGAUCGGAAGUAUGGGUGAUUACUGCCUCAGAAGCUCCUCAUUUGCCAACUUUGAGGAAUCUGUAAUUCGGUGAUCACACUGUACUUUCGUCUAACCUUCACCUUCACCUGCGGCGUCACUCGUUAUACUUCAAAGUGGCUCCCUUCGCAAGCCAGGCUUUGACGAAAGCGAAAAGGGAGACCCAUUGAUAAGCAGAAACACAAACCAAAACCGCAGCGAUUUGAGGAAGAGAGAAAGAGAUCAAAACAUUGACAACAGAGUCAAUAUUAUUGGCGACGAAUGCAAUAUAGUAAUACGCCAGGCGCGGGCCUAAUUGCUGAACCUCAUCCUGUGUUAUGACUGAUCUAAGGACAUUUUUAGUUUAAUUUUUUAUUUCUCUAUUGUUUUUCACAUUCUCAACCUCAGUGUUCUUAAAGAAAAGGUUCUUUUCAAUACCAAAGUGUAACCGACAUUUGUCCUCGGAGGCUCCAGUUAAGAAACGUGUAGUGUUGGGCGUGACAGCUAACGUCUGACUUUUAGUCUAGCAAAAAAUCUUCAUUUAAACGCUGGAUGUAAGCAGUUACGUCCUCUAGUGACGUUCAAUGGCACCAGCCAAACAAAAAUAAUGUAUGCACUCGUGAACAGAAUGACAGAGGAUUUACACGAAUCUCUAUCCUGAUACUUUUUUUGUAACACCGUAAAAUUUUCUCUACAAACUCAUGUAAAGGCCAUAGAAGUUAGACUGCACACCAAAAAGGUUCACCGUAUAGUCUCUCUUUUCUCCUACAUUGAAGUUAUUAAGGCAAUAUCAAUAAAAAUUUAUGACAAGUGAUCUAUUCAUAUGGACGCACGCAACUGAAAAAUGAACCCAACCAACUUAGUAUUAACUCAAUAACGUAACAUGUAAAUUAUUACCAACAAAAUAGUAAAGGAAAUUUUUUAUCUCUUCAAAAUGUAAAUAGUGUUUUAUCUUUUUAGCUUUGUAAGUUAAGUGUUUCUUUGCUGAGCUAUAGACCGAUUUAAUAUAAUUGCAUUUAACUAUGAUAGGUGGAUCUCAUUUAAAUAAAACUGAAUCGUCAUUUAAAUAAAACUGAAUUGCGUCAUCUUAAGCCCCCUAAAGACAAAAUCGAAAAAGUCGAGAGGGAAUUUUCCUAAAGUCGGUUUCGCACAAAAAUACGGCGACUUAAGGUCCCAGAGUAGGCCUGAUAGAUCAUUCCGGUUUCAAAAGAAACCCAACACUGUAAACAAGAAUCAACACGAGAAGGGUGAAUUUAAAAGCCAUCAACUUGCCCAAUAUUUAGCACAGGAAGUAGUUUUUCUCUCAUAAAAGAAAAAAAAAACUUUCCUGAACUGCGUUUAAGCAGUCAGUUCUAAAACUGCAAACUAAAUUCCUUAUUUUCCGGUGGCGUUUUCCCUCUCGAAGUCGUAGCUUUAAAAUGAAACGAGACGAUUUAAAAAAUAAUGUGUUAUGGAAGAUCCGUAUAAACCACUGAUAAACAUUGCAAUAUAAUUCAAGAAGACUUCAGGAUGUUUUGUCUACUCAUGCAGAUCACAUCUUUGUGUGUAGAUCAACUCAUUCCGCAAACUGACACAAGAAAAUUUAACAAAAAGAGGACGCCGAAAAGUUGAAAACUUCGCAAGGCUUGAACCCUCAAAAAAGGACAGAAUCAAAGGUCUAGAGCUCAUAAGCCUUUCGCGGAAAUCUGAGAAAUUAGAGGUUGAAAAAAUCUGGAUUAGGGAGGUUUGAGAAAACGAGGGGUUCGAGAAUUAAGGAUUUUAUAGUGUGUAAUCAUGAAUAUUGUAGUUCACAAAGACAAAAGAAGUUCGGUUGGUUACUCUUAGAGUUACUGUUGGACCCCUUGCCAAUCCUCUCUUGUGUUAAACUAGUAAGGAAAAACAAAUUGCUUCCAGUGAUUCAUUCCAUUAAGAUACUAGUGGCUCUAGCAAAAGUGGGGCUCUCUAUAUUAAGUUGGCUGAGAGUGCUUGGGCUCAAUCUAGAAGGAGAACACUUGUUAAUAUCCUCUGGAUAUUGUGUUCUUGCACACUUUACAAAUAAACUUUACACGCGAACGGUCUUUGUCUUUACUAUGCGGAGAAACUGGAAACGCAACUUCUUGGUCUAGCGAAGGAAAUCGCUACAGUGUUUGUUUUUUAUUAAAUCAGCUUCGCAGUCCAGCGUCUAGUUGUUGAGCAAACUUGAACCAACAGACAGUUAUAGUUUUCCUUUCACUGAAAAGUGAAAUCGGAACUUCUGAUUUGAACUGAAUAUAGCUCUGUAAUACUUUCAAGCAGGAAGAAACAUGCAAGAACGGAAGCACUUUCUUUUGGCUUCCGAGUGUUUUUGAAAAAUCUCUUAAAUUACUCUGCAGUAUCCUCUUUCGAAGCAACCGCCAGUGAAAAGUCCACUUACAACGACUCAUUACACUAUCAGGCGGGUCUCGUGACAGGACCAAAUUGCUUUUCUCUUUAAAGAACUGAGUUGUUACAUUUUGCAUUGUAACAUUUCGCGUUAAAAAAGUUGUAACAUUUAGCAUGGGCUUAAUGUACUAAUUGAAACCUCCGACCACCCGACCCCGGGAUAGGGCGGAGUUUUAACAUUUACUAAGUGUUAAAUAUUGCAUUUUCCCUGUACUCGGGGAAUCAUUGAUUGCUAAAGCUGGUCAAGUUCGCAGCAUUUUUUGGGUGGUUUAUGAACAGAAAUCAGAUUUUGACCUCUUUAAAUAGUUUAUCAAGUAGAUUAUACAUUGAGGUACUCAUUAUUCAUACAAUUUUCACUCCAAAGAUCAAUGUUUAGAGGAAAACUGCGAAGUUGCUCUGCCUUGAAGAAUUAUCAAAACAUGGACCACUAUGCUUUUUGGUUGACCAGCUGUUAGUAUUACAGCUCACACAUAUGCGCGUAUCAAAAGUCGGGGUUAUGUUAAGUAAUACGGUGCUGGAAGUUUAACAGCGGUCCUAAAUCAUUUCAUACUUCCUAAAUGACUCAAAAGUGACUGUAAGCAAUCAAAGUUAACAAUAAUUAUUGCUAUGAUAAAAGCAAAGGAAUAGCUGCAAGAAUAUAAAACCUAAGAGUCUUUGAAUUGACAGCAAUGCAGUGCUUACUUUACAAGAUUACUAACACCAGGGGCACCCAACGACAAUUUUCGGAAAAAUAUCUGUUCGGAAGACGAUUUGAGAUCUAGAAUUUUCGGAACAUUUGUUGCAAAAUUUCUUGCUUGCCUGCCUCUCCUAGGAUUUUCGAACAUCUAAAAAAUGGUAUAAUUGCCUAUUUUCAACGGAUUUUUACCCUAAAAAGGUCACCUAUAAUUUUCAGGAGCCUUUUUUCUGGCUGAAAUUUUCGAAGGUAAGUUUUGAUCCCUAUAAUUUUCGGAUCACUAGACUUUCAGCUAGGAAAUCCGAACAGAUCAAAAAUUUUUAGGGGAUAAAAAUAUGCCUUUAUCUACCGUUUAAAUACUAGGAUACGUUUAACAAUGCUAUGUUUAACUAUAAUCUCGUUGGGUGCCCCUGUAACACGAGCAAGUGUUAUGAUACACGCAUGUACACUAAUGAGAAACUUUCUAGCAGGUUUUCAUAUUGAGCAAUAUAAAAAUCUGAAACGCUGUUAACACUGUCACGGUCUCUUUAUGACUAACUUCUCCUGUGACAGAAUUGAGUAUCCUCGAAUGCAGAACAAAAUAUUUGGCGUGUAUAUUUAGUUGUGGAAAAAAACCCAAAGACACGCUAUUGAACCUCACCCAGUUCUACUUAUUAUUCAGUAAAUAAAACCGAAAACGUUCGUAUCUGUCACGUAACUUUACAAAUUAUGUAACAAAUUACACUCUGAACAAAAGAAAGAGCCAGGUACGACCUUGGUAGACUGAGUAGCAGUAGAAAUAAGCUGAAAUAUCAAGCAUUGCAAAAUAAACCGGACGGAAUGACCUAUUCAUUAUAAUUUUAUUGCCCCGCCAUGUAGUUUAUUGUUAUCUUUGAAGCUCGAUUGUGUUAAAACUAUGUCACUUCUGCCCAAAUCGCGAGUUAAAAUGAGAGGAAUUAUAACAACAUUAUCUAUUGCGAACUGGACAAAAGCCAUCACGGGAAUUAAGGUUAUCGAAACUUGGGGAAUACGUGAUAGAUUUUGUUUUCGAUGGCUUCUUGUGAACGAACCAGUAAAAGGUUUCAGUUGCCCCAUGUCCCCAUAUAAGGUAAUCCGGCUCCGGAAUCCAGGAAAUUCUUGCUUCUGGAAUCAGAAAUCCUGGAACUUUAAAUCCGUUAUUCAGCUCAAGGAAUCCCGAAGUCCGCUAGCGAUUGGAACUGGCUGGAAUCCAAGUUUCACUGACAAGGAAUCUGUAAUUCAUUACUUGGAAUCCGGAAUCCGCAAUUUGGAAUCCAGAAUCCUUGACUGUCUUGUAUUUCCAUGCAAGGGGCGAUUUUAAUAAGUACUGAUAUAUUCUAAACUUCUCUGAAAGAAAUCUUAGACUUUUAACUCGAAAGUGAUGAAGAAAACCGGCCGUUUUUACGAGGGAGAAAAAUGGCACACAAGUGAAUUACGUAAUUAAGCUGCCGAGACGUGGUGUUUGAGUUCCGUUACAGUCACUGUAUUGUAGGGCUUUAUAACCCAAGUGGAAAUUUGAACCUCUUCACGUGCCCAACACGUGCGAAUAAUAUUUAACGAUCCUCAAGAAGUUACUUUUUUAUGGUAGCCUGUAAACCUUCUGCAUAAAAUUGACUAAAUGCAACAAUUUCUGGGAAAAGUCUUGGUAUUUUAAGGUUAUCCGAAAAAAGGGUAGAAAAAGCAAGCGGGUGACUGUCCACAGGCUGGCUACGUCUCUCUUCUACUCUUGUGACAAACACUUGAACUAUGUGGCACACAACAACACGCAAUUUUAAGAGAUCAACUUUAGUUCUGGCAACCUUCCACAUGUACAAAGCAUAAAUAUCUCUUCCUUGUAAAUCACAUCUGCAACGACACACCAAUGUUUGAGAAUUUAAAACGGCUAACUCUUUUCGAUAUUUUUAAACCUAGUAAUAUGCCGUGAGUACAGGGGUACAGUUUUGUCACUGAGGUCACCAGAUCCCUCUUUUCAUCCAAAAAACCGAAGCAGUACUGAUAAGUCUCAUAUGGUUUUCUCAUCUCAUGAUGUUGACGGUAACUUGUCUCUCCAAUUGACUGGGUAUUUGUUUGAUAACUAAGAUCACUUACUCAAGCUGCAGCUUCAGCUAACCAAAAGUAAAAAGUAGUUUGGUGUCUACAAAGAGAAUGAUUUGAAGGUGGAGACACCCUCAUAAUUACUAACUCAAUCGUAUGAAAAAUUUGAAAAAACCAAAGGAAAAAGUAACCACUCACGUAAUAACGAUUUGACUGAAAGAAAACCAAUAGCAUCUGAAGUUGCGUUCUAAUUAACAGUUGACUAAUAAUGUCAAUAGUUAGAGUUAAACACCAUGAUUUAAACGGUACAAAGCAUUUUGACUCUGAUGUUGACUACUGCACAGGUUGUCGAAACGUCAGUCAUUGUCAGCAAUAGUCCUAGUGAGUACUAUAUACAGCUAUAUACUCAUCUGGACUGACAUUCCUAUAUGUUCUGCAUUACAAUUUACUAUCGUCACUCUAUACUUAGUGUUCGAGAGGUUCAGAUGAAACCAGACGUUUCUCACUUCUUCCUAAAAUGAUCAUUCGAAGAGAAGGUCUACCUUGAUGAUUCCUUUGUACGUGGGUGACGAGGGCUUUUUGAAUAUUUUGAUAUGAGCUGAUUCUUUCUUUCAUGAGUCCUCAAAUGAAUUUAAUAAAUUUUGCGUGAAAGUAAACCGCACUAUAGCUCUAUUUGGUCUCACAUACAAGUCAGAGCGGCUUUCCUCUUUUCGAUUUCAGGGAAGUCCUAUUAGGAUCUGGGUCUGUGAAUAAAUUCCUAAAGGCACGACCAGUCAAGUUAACUGGGCUCAAACUAUAACACAUCUAGUGUUGAAGUAACACAGUUUGACUUAGUCUCAACGCCAAGCUUUAUACAAACCUCCAGCGCUUUUCUGCGUUGUUAUCUUUAACCGAGUGAAAAAGUGGCGAGACUCCUGUCCGCACCUCAUCCAAUAGUUCCAACCGCGAGAGAGGUAAGGUGACUCAGGCGAGGGCGAGGCGAGGUGAGGCAUCAGUGCAGACCGGUGAAUCAAACGUUGCCGGUUAUGAUAAAACAGGCAGACUACAUCGUAUAAAAUUACAUUGCAGCAGUAACAAAAGACGUAAAAGAGACUGAAUUUUUAUGUCGCAUUCAACUCCUGAUAACUUCCAAACAACUCAGUUUGUUUGUCUGACAAGAUCGAUGGUUUGAUUAUUUAAGGCAUUUUGAAAACCUCCUUUUUAUUAUACCCAUUAUUAUUUAGUCCAUCAUAGAGCCAGUUUUACUCAUUUGUUCUGCAGCUUGAUAAUAGAUAUUGCUCUUUCAGCAUUUUUAUGGCCGGGAGGCGACAAGAGAUUACUUUAAGUCUAUGGGGCUUAAACAAACCAUUCAUUCCUAUUGUAUUUUCACUUUUUCUUGACACGUUCGCAUGUGUGACCCCCUCACGUGCAUAUAUUCACGUGAGGAUACAUAAUCUUCGGGCCUUUAUGUUGCGAACACAACAACUCUCGUGAGAUCCACGGUUCAACAUUCCUGUGUGUUGAAGAAAUAUAAUCGAUAAAUAUUAAUACCAUAGUCUGAAACACCUAUAUUAAUCUAUAGAUUCAGUCCCUUGUCAGCAACUCUGACUUGCUUCGGUUCUGGAACUGAGAUCAUUCAUUGAUGCUGAUUUGAAGGUUCGAUGUCACUCCUGAUCCUUUUAAACGAGACUUUUUUCUUCUUUUUGUUGUGCGCUUAAGGCAACUAACCAUUCAUUCCAGUUGCAUUUUCACUUUUUCUUGACACGUUCGCACGUGCGUGUGACCCCCUCACGUGCAUUUUUAUACGUGAGGGUACAUAAUUUUCGGGCCUUUAUGAUAGGAACACAACAACUCUCGUGAGAUCCAGGUAUACAGUGCAAUAUUCCUGAGUGUGUGUUGACGAGAUAUAAUCGCUAAAUAUUAAUACCAUGGUUAGAAACGCCAAUAUUAAUCUGUCGAUUCAGUCCUUUGUCAGCAACUCUGGCGAGCUUCGGUUCUGGAACUGAAACCAUUGAUGCUGAUGUGAAGGUUCGAUGCCACUCCUGAUCCUUUUAAACAACUCUUUUUUUUCGUCGUUGAACUUUUAAGGAAAACCAUUAUGUCAACGAAAGCGUCGUUUGUGACUUGUAAUUGAUGUCAAGUUCCUCUUUCUCCAUGUUGUCGUUCCCUUGAAAAACACAGCAGAGAAAUGUAUGGGAAGCAGAAGGUCUGUGACCUUGGCAAUAAGUUACCGGCUAAACUACCGCCUGUCUAUCACGUGGAUGUUUCAUACAGUGAAUAAUCGAGUGUGGUACUGCCUGACAGUUUUGCAUGUUGCUUGCUUAUGUUUGGCUUGUUCUUGCUUGUUUUACCAUGUAAAUGGCUUUGAAAACCCAUUUACAACUAUACUUUGCAUGACUUAAAAUUAAAGGGUUACCAUCCUUUUCCAAACAGACAUGAAUAAUGAUCAUUGUUGUAUAUUAAAGCUGUCACAAUCGUGCAAUUUUAGUAGUACUCAGCAAGUAUAUCCUUAAUAGGGUUUAAAGUACCUUACUUUUGGACUGAAUGGACUUUGUGGUCUAAAUAUAGCCGCUAAGUCAAGAUUGACAUCUAUAAACUACUGUGUAAUACCACUGCAUAUGAAAUGCAAUAUAUAAAAAAACGUUGGGCGUGACGUUUACGUUUGGUCACGUCUUAACUGUUAGUAAGUACAGAUUCUUCGCAGUUAAAUCUUUUUCUAAACUACAGAAAGAAAACAUCGCUAUAAGAUGUUUUAAAACCAAGAUAUCAAUGACUUUAAUGGUUUCAGGAAGCAGUUUGUAAUCAAUAUUUUAUUGCUUAGAAAAGACACCGGGUCUGCAAUUGAGCGUGUUUAUAACGUAUAUUACCUUGAUGCACACAAUAUGUGAUUUCUCUAUUCUGCAAAAGCAAUAAAUGUUUAUAAAAUCAGUUGUUUUACAAUUUACCAGCUCGCCACACCCCAGACUGAUUUUAUACACGUAAAGUUUGCACAUUUAUAGGCCAGUUUUUGUUCUGCUGGAAAGGACGGUGUGGUUGGAGACAAAAACAAGUCGGCAAUGAUAUCAUUCACACGCUAAAGACGUGUCACUAAACAGAUCGGCACAAAUACGAAUGUAUAUAGCGUCCGGAGGGGGGAGGGAGGUGGAUUAGGGUUAGGGUUUUUCAAUUAUACUGCGAGGUGUAAACUUCCUAAAACUCAAAGUUUGAUUGUUCUUAUAGCCUUCGUCCAAUCAAAUUUCCUCUUUCCUCACCUUUUUUAGAACUGUUUCUUGCGAUUUAAAAGUCAAUCAUAUAUCUAGAUUGAAGUUGUAAUUGGAAUGUUUGCAUGAGAAUGCUUCCCGUUUUGCCAAAACCAGUGUUCACAUGUGAUUACACACCUUUGGCGACUGGCUCCCUCCACAGAGAGGUGAGUAUUUGCCCCUCCUGAGAAUGUGUAUUAUGGACAUCAUUAUAUGCCUACAGUUAAGAGAGUGUUAAGUGUAUUCUAAAUGAUUUGUCAUAACAGACGACUAACUGUUGACAGUUCGUGUGUAUUUUACAUUGUUUAACAAUACCGCGAUCUUACGUAAUUAUGUCACCAAGUUUUGACGACAUUCCAAUAUUUAUUUUCAGCUUGUUUCACUUUUUUUCUCCGACAAAACACUCUUUCUUUGGAAUAUUCAACUUUGACCCGGCAUAUGUGUUUGUCAAAAGCGAGUUUUUGGUAUUUUUGAACAUUGCACGAACUUAUAAAACGUGAGGUGAUUAAAAAAAAAAAGUUGCCAAAACAAACCAACAUUAUUUGGACAAAUAUCGCCAAAACAAAGCAGUCGAAGUGAACUAUUAAUAUUGAGAUAUUCCCUCCUUAGAAUAUCACAAUAUUUUGAAAUAUUUUAAUUUUAAUUAGCUCUAAGUUGAAGAUAUAAAAGGCCAUAAAAUCUUAAUUCUUUUUAGUGUUUACUCCGAUCGCUUCGACCGCAGAGUUAACCUUCAAUUUUUCUUAUUAUCUCUAGUGAUCGCAGCGAUCGCAACACUCAUCAAAGGCUUUUUUUUCCAGCGAUUUCUUCUUUUAUUUCAUCUUUAAAAACAUUUGGCUGAUUUUCUACAGCUGGUACAAACAGUACGAACUUUUGUCGCCCUGAAAGACUAACUACUGUACCUCAUUUUAAAGGUAAGUUUAAGUGUAGUUUCCUUUGCAAAAAUGUGGUAUCUUCUUGAGUGAGUGUAUUAUGUACAAGCUAGCAAAAAGACAAAUGCUGGUACUUAUAAUUUGUGUUCAAGUUUUAAGUGAUUAAUCCUAAAAACAUAGGAUGUAGCGAUUAGGGGUAGCAUAAAUAAGAUAAUUAACAUGAACACAUGAUUUGCGGAAAAAUCGCAAAAGGGGAGGUUUGCAACCAAAACACUAGCUUUUUCUUAGUUCAGUUUGCUUUCGAAGCUCUUGCAGUUGUAAGCAGCGGAAUUCAGUUAGAAUGAAUUAUAUACUAAGAGGUCCAGUUUUAGAAAUCUUGAAUCCUUUCAGCUCUAGGAUCAUGCUUACAAAUUUUAAGGUAGUUUCGAACAGUUUAAUUUUCGCCUUUUCUUCAGUUUUAGCUCCUCAUAGCAACAAUUUGCGAUGGUUAAAUGUUGAAAUAAACACAUGGGCCGAUAUGCUCCAUAUAUUCGUCCUAAGAACUACUUUCUUUUCACCCGAGUUAGCACGCGGUUGGUGUUUUUGGACUUUGAUCUGAAAGGGAGUGUCUGUGUCAUGAAAUCACAUAUGUUAAAAAAUUAUUGUUAAGACCUUGUUCGAAAUGCACUGAGAAUAUACAAAAUGAGUUAGCUAUCAGGAAUUGGAAAACAAAGCUUGAGUCGAGUGAGCACAGGCACCGGAGUUUUAAUUUAAGUCAAGAGGAACAAUUUAUUAAUGUUUGGCCGUUUUCAGUCUUCAGUUUUCAGUCUCCCCCGUUUUUCAGUAGAAUUUCUUUAUCCUUCCGUGGCGAAAAAAGAACCUUUCGCAAAAAUGCUGUCUUCAGCUAGACUACGAUAGAUAACAUGAUAUUGUGCAUGGAAAGAAAAGCCUUAAUAAGUCAUAUACAUGAGCUGCUCAUCAAUGGAUCUUUUUCUUGUUUAGUCAAUGAAAGAGAAACGAUGUUUCUUUUUUAGCAGUUAACUUUUGCUGAAUUCCUCAGGGUAUUUUUCUGAAUGAAAGUAAUUGGUUUUGUGUGCUAGAUAUUGGCCACUCUAAGGGAUCAGUUUUUAUUUCAAUCUUCUUGUGUUGAUUCUUGUUUACAAUGUCGGUUUUCUUUAGUAGUGUAAGACGACCUAUGAAACCGCAACUUUCCAAUACCAACUUAUUAAAGGAACUCACUUUUCUCUAGAAAAAGAAACUGAAGAAUGUUUCGUGAGGCACAUUAAACUAAUCUUGGUUAACAAGCGUGAUAUUCGAGGCAGCCUUUAGCUAUUCUGGUUAAUCACAAACUAAAUGGAAAAAAAAAUAGACCAACUAAAUUUCAACCAAAAAAAGGUGGGAACAGUUUGAAACAAUAAAAGGAUUAAUACGUCCAAAUCGAUUGCUUUGGCUUUCCUUUCAACUGUCAGCUAUCAGUAUUGUUCCAAGAUAGUUCAGAACCUGAAUUAACCUUGGGCUGUUCACCAUUAAAAAAUCUGAUAAACUAUGCACACCCUGGAGAACAAGUCUUAUUAGUACAAGUUCAUUACAUUUCUCCCUACAAAGGAACAUUUGAGAGAGGUUACCUUUGAUCACUUCUGCUUUUUGAAUUUGUAAAACAUUGUUCUAUUUUUCCUAUCAGAAACACAGUUAAUUAUACACAGUUCAUUAUAUUUGUCAACCUAUAAUUUACUGGCAGACGAGCACAUUGCGGAUUCCUUUGCAAGAUAAGUUGCCUAGUUGAAUACACAUUGUAUUACACGGCGCCUAAAGUUACAUAAGGGUGACUCUAUAUUUGGCUCGGCUAGAACUGAAAUGGCAUGGGAGAACGUAAGCAAAAGUCCACAUCUUUUCCACACAGAUUUUUAAUUGUGUGGUUAUUAGUUCCAAUCAGGUUGGAAAAGGGAGAAAUGAUAAAUUUUACUGCCUCUCUUUUGCUCUUUUCAAUUAAGAAAAAUGCGCGUGCAACUUGCGAGGACUGUCAGUGAACUGUGGGGGAAGACAUAAUAUCAUUAAUUACAACGAAGAUGAACGAAGAUCUUGCCCUUUUCCCUUCAUUUUUGUCUUCAAUAUUUGUUUAUCAGCUUGAAGCGAUUCUCUUCUUAGUCUUUAUCGGUGUAAUUAGCUUGGUUAUUUUUUGGAAAGUGAUGAACCAAUGACACUAACCGCCAGAAUACAUGUGAGGAUUGAUCAGAAAUCGUCCCAGGAAAAGAAACAAAACACAACAAUACAAGAGUUCUAAUUGUGAAUCGAAUGCCAGAUUGGUGCAUGUUUACUUUCAAUUUUCUUGUCUGAACAGUAAUGGUUUAAUUUGAAUUUAUGACAAUGGAUGGCUUUUCAUCUAAGGCCUGGGGUUCUGCUAAUUUUGUUUCAUUUUCCUGAUUUGCUAUCGAUCUAGCUGAUGAUCGUGCUACUUAAUACAUGAAACUAUUAUUCAGGCUUUAACUUCGUGAAAUGAAUCCAUGAUAGUGUACUUUAAUAGACAAUAUAUUUAUGACUAAUGUUCUAGUAUGCUGUCAGUAGUUUUUAUUACCACGACACUUUAGACAAAUUGAAAAUCUAUAACAUUUUGAACAGUAGCAUGCUUUACUUAUUCAUCUUUAUAGACAGUUCACUUUACAACUGCAUUUACCUUUUUGACGGAGAGAAAAGAAGGGAAAACUUUCGUGUAUAUUUGUAUAUAAGUGCUUUACAAAUGUGAUAUUUUAUUACUGAUCUUUGUCGUAACUUUUGAUUUUUGCCGAUCAUAAUGAUGUAUGAAAUAUAUUUUCUCUUCUUUUUUGUUCACAGCAAUAAAGUCAUUAUGCAUCGAUUUCUUUUAAUCGCAUUUCUUUGUGUAAACUGGUCACAUCUUGCCUUCAGCCAGCAGUCGGGUAGGUAAAUUUGAGCUGUUAUUUGCAAAGCAUUGUUCUUAAAAUGUUGUAAUGUGUAGUAAUUGAUCGAAACAGGCUUGUUUUUCGCCUGGGAAUGCAUGGAAAGCUACGAGGUCGUUUUUUAUUACAAAAGUUAAACGAACUGAGAAAAAGUAGUCUUGACAGUGCUGAUCGAUAAGGUGUGAGCUCUUCGUGAUACACAUACAGAAAUCGCUCUUAGGAGAGUUUUGAAGAGUUAGUGUCAUAUACAAUUUAGUCUUUGUAAGGUCACGUUGAGGAUAUAACUGAUGGCAAUCCUUUUAUUAUGCAUUCUUAUCUUUCAGGUUUACCAUGGACAUAUAUUCCAAAUGCCGUUCUGGGUAAGACUGAAUAUUUACUUAUUAUGCCGCUUUAGAUCCUUUCGGAAAACAUUUUUUUUUACUAAUUUAUUCCUCCUUUAACGCUAGAAUUGAGUUGUGUCUAAUUGGCCAUUCGCUGGUUUUUUCAAUUACAUGAAACUAAAAAAAUACUUUGUAAACAGAUAUUUCUGACUCAGCACUCACGGCAUGAGUAUCAACACUACGAUGCAGUUUUUUCAUUCUUUUGAGCCAUGAACCAUUUUGGGACAUUAUGGGUGUUCUGUUGAUGAAUAAUUUUUCAAGGCUUUCAAAAUAUGGAAUGGUGAAAGUGAUAAAAAUAAAUAAAUUGGGGAAUUAAAAAAGAGGUCAUUAAAACAUUUAAUAAGUUAGUCUGCUAGGCAACACUUAGUCAUCCCCUCGCUUGCUACUGGCGGCUGGAAUGGUCAAAGAAUUUAUCCUAUAAUUCAGUUGCAAUUCUUUUCCUUUUAUAUUCAUCCAUCGCCUCCUUAAUUCCCCAACUAGGAGGAAAAAGUAACGUCAUUAAACGGCAAAAAUUGUCGGAGCUACCUUCCGAAUGCUAAUGUUGGUGAGAAAAUAUUAACAUUUCGUUUUUACUGUCCAUCAGUUUUCGUUAAAUCUGUCAGGCGAUGAAAAGUGAAAAUUCUCCCACGUUUCUAACCAGCUUUUCACCGACACGUCAUUCUAUUAAAAGUGCUUUUUAAAAGUUCUUAUUCCAAACAUGCCCUGUUCCCUUUCAGGUCCUGCUAACUGGGCUGGUGUAUGCAGUACAGGAAAGAGACAAUCACCAAUUGACAUUACAAGCACCGAGACAACCCAUGACAAAGGUUUGGGUGCGUUCACACUGAAAAACUACGACAGGAAGCUCAAGAAAACCUUUACUGGCUCAAACAAUGGCCAUUCCUUUGGAAUGUCUUUCCCUGGAGGAGUGUACAAUGUCAGCGGAGGAGGUCUGAACGGUGUUUACACCACUGUUCAGUUUCACUUUCAUUAUGGACCAAACGACACUGUGGGAUCGGAACACAUUGUAGAUGGAGAACAUUACGCCGCUGAGGUGAGCGCUGUGUGAGCAAAUGAGUGCAUACAGAUGGGCAUUUUUUGAUGUUGUUAUUAAGCGUUUACUUUGCUUAUCUGUUAUGUACAUUCACCUCCUAUUUGCGCCUUCUUAGGAGACCUCAAGAAAUCAGGCCGUUCUCUUAAAUCAAUGAUCUCCACAGCAGUUUAAAGAAGAUAAUAGUGUCAAUAAAUCUUUUCAAUUUAAUCUCCCAAUACCUAAAAAGAAUUUGGCGCAUUGCUUUCAAUAAUGAACCGUUUUUAAGGGUUAAGACAACAUAAACUUUCUUUUAUUACCACUUGUACUGUUGGGUUUAAUGUCCGUAUCUGGUAUUGAAUUUUGUUAUUCCCUUACUUUCACAGUUGCACUUCGUAAGCUACAAUACAAAAUAUGCCAACCUUAUGCAAGCACUUGAAAAAGAAGAUGGCCUCGCCGUCCUUGGUAUCUUCAUACAGGUACACUUGUAAGAUGAAGUUUUACUGAUACUAAAGUUGACUGCAGGAUGCCGUCAGUGCCGUGAAAUUUGCGAAAUUUUAAGAAUAAACCAGACAGGCUGAGAUUUUGAAAAGGAUAUAUAAUAAUUUUGUCGGUUGAAAAUCUGUAGAUAGAAUUAAAUUCUAUGUUUUUAACUUAUUCCUUUCUCUAAACGACAAGUUCUUAUUUGAUUUAUUUCAUAUGCAUCUAUCACAAAACGAAAAAACCUGUACUAACUACAAUUGACACCCCAGUAGAUCACCGGCCGAAAACGGAAAUGCUAUAAGCUAUACAAUUUAAGAAUAAUACAAGAAUAUUUUCAGCCUAAAAUCGUCAGAAAAAUAGGAAUAUUCAGGCUGGACCGAAGAAAACAACAUUCUUAUAACAAAAGAAAUCUACCUUUCUCUUAAAAUCUCAGCGAAAUCGCCAACUCCUUAAGUGCUUUGUUUUCGUUUCUGCUCACGAUUGAUUAACUAAAGACAAUACAAAUUUAAAUUUUUCAUUUGUGUAUUGGACAAUCCUUCUUUGGAAAUUAACUAAGUUCAUCAGUGUGAAUUUCUUUUAAUUUCACUGUUAAUAUAUUUUUUUCAGGUCGGAGGGAACAAUAACUCUGCAUUUUCCUUUUUGGAAACUACCCGGAAUCUCACUUCUAGUUGUAAGUGAUGUGUUCUCUGUAUGAUAUAAAUGAGGCUUUUUCCAUAACAUGAAAAACUGCACCCCAACAGAAUGAUGUGAAAUAUAUUAUUGUUAUUGUUAUAAUAAUAAUAAUAAUAAUAAUAAUAAUAAUAAUAAUAAUAAUAAAUCAUUGUUAUUACCCUGUAAUUAUUAUGAAAAUUAUAACUGUGAAUAUCACAUCUUAUAGAGUAUACCCCAUAAUAUAUCAUUUCAUGUUAUAAUAAGAAUGCACGUUUUUGUCUCUUUCUUUAGACUCUUCCGUCAGUGGCGUCCCAGCUUUUAGAUUUGACAGCGUGUUACCUGCCAAUAAGACCAAGUACUUCCGGUACAGUGGUUCUCUAACCACUCCCUCUUGCAAAGAAAGUGUCACAUGGACUGUUUUUAGGGACGCUGUCAACGUAUCGCAAUAUCAGGUACAGUAUUGACUUGAUAGCAAGUGUUGUACGGUGUUUUUCAACAUUUGCCGCAAACGCUUUUGUCAAAAGAAAGCCUCUUUUUUUGUGAAAAUAGAGAAUGCCUCUUGAGCAGGGUAUUUUUCAACUAUGGGUCUCUUUUUCCCAGAUGAACCUUCUGCGGCAACUCCAGAAGACUUACACCACAGUAAGUGUUGGAAAUUACCGUCCCGUUCAACCACUCUACAACCGAACCGUGAGGGCUAGUUUCCAGGUCCCCGGGAUGUCAAACAACUCAAUGCUAAGAACCACUGCUAGCACCACUGAUGUGAAGGGUACCACCACUACCACAACCCACACUACCCCAAAGGGUACGCAGUCUCCUAUCUCUUCUACUGGUAUUGCUACUAAGGGUGCAGAGAAAUCAUCCUCAGCUUCAACCACCAAGAACACUCCCAGUAACAAAGUGACAGGCACUGACAGUGCCUCUUCUAUUGUUAUUACUACCACGGGUGCUGAGGAAUCACCCCCAGCUCCAACUGUCGAAUUUGACUUGGGCUCAUCUGCUGUUCGAAUCACCGCAGGACUUUCGAUGUUGCUUGCUGCCCUGACAGCUCUUUUUGUGCAGCAUUAGAACUAGGGUAUAUUGAACGCUGAUGUAGUUUCUAAUCUAUUAGCCUUUUAGCAGAGUCAUUCAUGAAAUGACAUUCCAAGACUAGUCAGAAGUUAGGGCUACUGCUGCCUCGGAAGCUUCUAGAAAACUGACAGGAAUCUGUAACCUGUGAUCACGCUCUGUUUUUGUUCAACCCUCACCUUAUCAUUUUUUGCUCUUGAUCAGAGGCAUUAGUCCGGAGUGGGCCCCUUCGCAAGUGGUUUUUGGUAUAUUCUACUCCUCACUAGCAGUUUGGUCUUAGGCAACCCUAUCAUCUUUCUACCACACAGGCAAACAUAUUACUUCUAUAUGUAUCCUCCUCGCUAUCACCAUUGCAGUCUUCCUAUUUUUUUUUCUUUGGAUUGUCUGCAGUCGUUUUUUUGGGGGAUACUGAUGGUUAAAUUAGUAUCCCACCCCCUUUCUCCCGUGAAACGAAAGUCUCGGGGUUCACCCUUCUACCAAUCCUGAAUAAUUUUUACUGGAUAGCUCCUAAGAUAAAUGAGAACUUAGACAGAAACCCACUCCACGACAACAAGGCAACUGCUCUUGGGUAAAGAAUUUUCCGUCUGCUCUCGGAAAUAUUCUGGUGAGAGACACCAACAAAACUUUCGCAAACGAACCACUUAAAAACGUUGCUAAAAUUUGCGGAAUUACAGGUUACAAAUUUCUGCGUCCAGUGAUUGGGAAAACACGCACGUUUGACUGAUGCUCAUCCAAUCAGAAGCAAAUUAAAACCAACGUGCUUUUUUGCAUGCGUCGCUCGGCGCUUGAUAUAGGCUGCAAGGUUUUAUUACGAGUUCUGAUGGAUUUUCAGUUUUUUCGUGCGUUAGUUGAGUUGGUGGGAGAAAAAGCCAUAUACGAGAAAAAAUGUAAAAAAAAGAAAAAGGGAAAAACGCAAAAUAAAACUCAAAGGAUUCACUUUAAACUGAUAUUUGCAUAAGCACCGCCAUUUCAUGUAUUGUAUUAAACUGGGCAAAGAAAUAAAG